AAAUGGCCCCGUAGGGCAACAAGGAUGGUUAGUUUUGAUGGUACUUAUUUGUGCCAUAAAAAUUCGACCCUAAUUGGCAGUUAUUUGGGCUUAUAUAUCUGCUUAGGGCUUUUUUAAAAUGAUGGACCCUAAGUGAGGGGCUUCUGAUCUGUGAACAUCCAUGCAUUCCCUCAACUGGAUGGGGACAGUAUCUCCGGCGAUCUCAGAAAUAAGAGGGAAUGUUGACCAGGGAGCACAGCUGCGGUCGAUCUGAGGAGCAGGAACUCGAGCCGGGUCUGAGUCCGAAAAAAGCCGGAUCCGGACGGUGGCUCUGGAGCAGUUUGAAGUGGAAGAUGGAGGAGCCAGAGGACCCGGCAUACGGUGGGCAGUCGCAGCCCCCAGUUUACAUCUACAGUCCCGAGUAUGUCAGCAUGUGCGACUCCCUGGCCAAGGUCCCCAAACGGGCCAGUAUGGUACAUUCUUUGAUUGAAGCAUAUGCACUGCAUAAGCAAAUGAGGAUCGUGAAGCCCAAAGUGGCUUCCAUGGAGGAGAUGGCCACCUUCCAUACUGAUGCCUAUCUUCAGCACCUUCAGAAGGUGAGCCAGGAAGGUGAUGAUGACCAUCCAGACUCCAUAGAAUAUGGGCUAGGCUAUGACUGCCCAGCUACUGAAGGGAUAUUUGACUAUGCAGCAGCUGUAGGAGGGGCUACAAUCACAGCUGCCCAGUGCCUGAUCGAUGGGAUGUGCAAAGUAGCAAUUAACUGGUCUGGAGGUUGGCAUCAUGCAAAGAAAGAUGAAGCAUCUGGUUUUUGUUAUCUCAAUGAUGCUGUCCUGGGAAUAUUACGAUUGCGACGGAAAUUUGACCGUAUUCUGUAUGUGGAUUUGGAUCUGCACCAUGGAGAUGGUGUACAAGAUGCCUUCAGUUUCACCUCCAAAGUCAUGACUGUGUCUCUGCACAAAUUCUCCCCAGGAUUUUUCCCAGGAACAGGUGAUGUGUCUGACAUUGGCCUAGGGAAAGGACGGUACUAUAGUGUAAAUGUGCCCAUUCAGGAUGGCAUACAGGAUGAGAGGUACUACCACAUCUGUGAAAGUGUACUAAAGGAAGUAUACCAAGCCUUUAAUCCAAAAGCAGUGGUUUUACAGCUAGGAGCUGAUACAAUAGCGGGGGAUCCCAUGUGCUCCUUUAAUAUGACUCCCGUGGGAAUUGGCAGAUGUCUUAAAUACAUCCUUCAGUGGCAGUUGUCAACACUCAUUUUAGGAGGAGGAGGCUAUAACCUUGCCAACACUGCUCGUUGCUGGACAUACUUGACCGGGGUCAUCCUAGGGAAAACGCUAUCCUCUGAGAUCCCAGAUCAUGAGUUUUUCACAGCAUAUGGUCCUGAUUAUGUGCUGGAAAUCACGCCAAGCUGCCGGCCAGACCGCAAUGAGCCCCGCAGAAUCCAACAAAUCCUCAACUACAUCAAAGCCAAAAGCUAAAAACAGCUCACAUUU